AGAUUAGUGAUUAUCAAAUCAAUGACAAAUUUUUAGUCAAUGAGAUAUCCUAAUUCUCUAUUUCAUAUUUGUAGUGCUUCUGUAGUGAUUGUUUUUCGAUUUAUUUAGAUUCUUCCAUAAUCUUGUGAACCAGAUUUCUGAUCUCAACUAAAGUUGCUGUAGUCAUGGCAAACGAUGAGGCGGUUUUAAAACAAUACUUGUCGAAGUAUAAAUAUCGAGACUACGCUACUCGCGAGGUAAUCAACCUGAUUCAAGUAUAUAGAAGUUUGACAUAUCGUUUAGAAGCCUUUGUUUUUAAUAAUGGAACUAGGAAAGACUUGCUGAAUCUAGACGGUACUAUUCCUGUAAACUACAAAGGUGCAUAUUACAACAUACCUAUCUGCAUUUGGCUAAUGGAUACUCAUCCAUUAAACGCGCCUUUGUGUUUCGUGAAACCUACUGCAGACAUGUCUAUCAAGGUGUCAAUGUAUGUGGAUAAUAACGGAAAGAUUUAUUUACCGUACCUGCACGAAUGGACUCAGAAUGGGUCAACCUUGCAAAAGUUGAUACAGGCAAUGGUGACAGCUUUUGGUGAAAUUCCUCCAGUAUAUUCCAGACCACGAAAUGAUACAACGACUCCUUAUCCGGCGGCGUCUUUUAUGCCGCAGCCGUCAGGGUAUCCCUACCCACAGGUGACACCACAGCCUGGAUACCCUACCACAACGCCAUACCCGACUACAUCAAACUUACCAUACCCUAGUUAUGGGUCACCUUAUCCAGGAGCUGCGCCCACAAAUGGCAUUCCUUAUCCACCAGCCUCAACUACCACUCCUUACCCACCUGCUAGUAACUAUGGUGGUGCUGAUGUUGCUGGUGGCACAAUAACUGAAGAACACAUAAAGUUAUCUCUGCUGUCUGCUGUUCAAGAUAAAUUGAAAAGGAGACUGAAGGAACAGUCACAACAGUCACAGGCAGAGCUGGAAACUCUGCGACGAACAGAACAGGAACUACAGCAAGGUAAGACCCGUCUCGAAGAUAUUAUAUCGCGAUUACAGAGAGAACGAACCGAUUUAGAUAAGAAUGUAGCUGUUUUACAAGAAAAGGAAAAGGAGUUGGAAGCAGCGGUGGAACGUUUGUCAGAACAGGAAGGUGUUGAUGUAGAUGAGGCAGUAGUUACAACAGCUCCCUUGUACUCGCAACUAUUGAAUGCAUUUGCUGAGGAAGCCACUUUGGAGGAUGCAAUCUAUUACAUGGGAGAGGCAUUACGUAAAGAAGUUAUUGAUCUAGACUCAUUUCUGAAGCAAGUACGUACAUUGGCACGUAGACAGUUUACUUUACGGGCUCUGAUGCACAAGUGCCGACAGAAGGCUCAACUAGCAUGCUAGUAAUAAUUUUUACUGCAACAUCCAAUCAGUCAAAACUUUGCGACUAGAUUGAUUUGUGACUCAUCAUAUUGGAAAUUAUUUAUGUACUUUUACACAUUGUAUAUUGUAUCUGAACAUUAUUUAUUAUCUACAAAUCAAUAUAAGUUCCAUCACUAUUUUCAAAGGUAGCUUGCAAUAUUAAAAUCAUCAUAACUAAUUGCUAUUUGAGGUCAAUGCAGCUUGGAAUAUUAAAAUUAUUUCUUUAUUUUAAAAUAUCCUAUGUUACAAUAAUUAAUAUUUAUUAAUUCUCACAUUAAAACAGUUAUUGUUAGAAAUUUGUUAUAUGUAUAAUUUUGUUCUUCUCUUUAUUUCAUAUAUAAAACAAAUACAAACAUUAUCCUGUUCAACUUUAAUAUAAAGGAAAUUUAUGAAUAUUCUCAUUAAUAGGGAAAUAAAAAUAUUAAAAAUAAACAGCUGUUAUUUAUGUAAAUGUGCAUUUGUUACUCAGCACUGUUAGAAUGUUAGUGCAAAAUUUAUACCUGCAUGUAGAAUUAAGUCAUAUUUAUCAUUAUAUAUAUAGUCUUACCUGUUAGAAUAUUAUGCUUAGAGGUUGUAAUGCAAUUGAGACCACACCUUUCACUACUAGACAUGUUAUUGUAUGCAAUUGUGUUGUAUGAAAUAUUAGACAAUAUAUUACAUAUAAAUGCUCAGUUUAUGGUGUAAUUUACUUGCAAAAAUAUUUUCUUUAUAUGUAAGUGCUAGACAAUAAGACAUUUUCAAUACUGUGGAAUUGCUGUAAUUCAUAUUAAGUUGAUAAUGUAGGCAUCCUGUACACAAUUUAUUAUUCUUAAAAUGUCCACUGUGACAAAAUAUUAGAAAUAUAACACUGAAUUCAUAAUCUUAUCAGAUUCUAAAUAAAGCUUUGUGGUUUAUGGCCAUAGAGUAAGGCAUAAUAAUAUAUUAUUGGUUGUAAGGCAAUCUUUGCCAAAUUCACCAAAAUUUACAGGAGAAUGGGCUUUAAUGUGAAAAUAAUUUAUAAUAAAAUAUUUAAUGUUCUAUUUUACUAUCAAUCUAAUUCUAUGUCAAUUGGAUUCUUCAAGGAACAAAUAUUUAAAAGAAUUUUAAUUUUAUUAAAAAAAAAAAUUUAAGGAGUGUUUAUUUUUAUCACACUGUACUUUCUUUUCUACAGUGAACCGGAAAGUUUAUAUUUAAAGUAUAACACAAAACUAAGCUUGCUUGUCUCUAUAUUUUAUGUGAGAUAUCAUUUGAAAAAGGGCUAAGUUCACAAAAUUGAUAGUGCAGUUGAUAAAUUCUCGAAGAACAGCUGGAAAACUAAUAAGAAUAAGAUGAUUUGUAAUUGUCAUCAUCCACCUCUUUCACUGUCACUAUAAUAUAUUGUUUGUAUAAAAAUAAAACACAAAAAUAUUAAUGUUAACAUGUAUAUAAUUAUUGGUGAUGUGUUGUUGAUGAUUGUUAGUUAUAAUCCUAUGAUUACUUUUGCCAUUGUACCUAUAGCAUAAUGUAUUAAUUAAACCGGUAUAAGUGCUACGAAAUGGCCUCAUCUAAAAAUUAAAGUCUGAAGUAAUCUGAAACAAUUACGUUUCAAAUGCCUACAUAGGUACUUCAUAUAAACAUACAAGUCAAUGUUGUAUGGUUGACCAUGUAAAUACAAAUAUUUAAGAAUCUUAAUACAAUAAAUCUGAUUGCUCAGAAAAUGAACCUUAUUGGUAUUUUGUAACCUAAUCAUAUAACCGAUAAGGUUCAUUUUCUAUUAGUUAAUAUAAAGAUUCAAUUCUCCAAAAGCCCGCAUAUAAUAUGGAAAACACAUGACAUAUGUUACCUAUUGAAAUAUAACAGGAAUGGCAUCUUUGCAUGUUCGAACGCAAACGAAUCCGUCUGGGACUACGUGACUAGCGAUGGAAAAUAAUAGACAAAUGAGAUUUGAAUAAAAUACCUAUGUACCUAAUGCAAUUUUUUUAUUCCAAUUUAUUAUUUCAUUAAUGUACAGUAGAAUAUAAAAAUAUUAUACAUUAUUUAAAUUUAUAUAAAUCAUAUUAGAGGUAAUUGUUAAUAAGUUUUAUAUCUCAGAAAAUGUAAUUGUAUUUACCUAAGGUUUGUAUCGAUCGCGUGUACGCGACGCGAUAAGUCGUCACAAUAAACAUAA